AUGGCUCCAAAUAAUGGACGUGGAGCAAGUGAGAUCUUCCAAGGUCAAGUUCUCUUGUACAAGUCCCUGUAUGGCCAUAUGGAUGCUAUGACUCUUAAAUGGUUCAUUGAGCUUGGCAUACCAGACAUAAUCCACAAUCAUGGUCAGCCCAUUACACUGCCCGAGUUGAUGUCAGUUCUACAAGUUCCACACACUAAAGCUAGUGGCGUGCAGAGUCUCAUGUGCUACCUGGCACACAAGGGAUUCUUUGAGAUAGUAAGAGCCCAUGACAAAGCAGAAGAAAAGCAAGCAUAUGCUCUCACUGCUGCGUCAGAGCUUCUUGUCAAAGGCAGUGACCUUUGUCUGUUGCCAAUGAUGGAGUGCUUUCUUGGCCCAGAUUUUUCAACUAUAUGGUCUCAGUUAAAGAAGUGGACUUAUGAGGAUAAUCUCACCCUAUAUGAUGUCUCCAUAGGAACAACUUUAUGGGAACUUCUCGAUAAAAACCCUGCACGUAACAAGUUAUUCAAUGACGCAAUGGCUAGUGAUUCCCAGAUGAUGAACAUGGCGUUGAGAGGUUGCAAUUGGGUGUUUGAAGGAGUGGAGUCCAUGGUGGAUGUUGGUGGUGGAACUGGAAUCACAGCCAAGACUAUCUGUGAGGCAUUUCCUAACAUGAAAUGCAUCGUCUUGGAACUUCCACGUGUUGUAGAAAACUUGGCAGAUAGCAACAAUUUGACGUAUGUUGGUGGGGACAUGUUUAUAUCUAUUCCCAAGGCUGACGCUGUUCUUCUUAAGUGGAUUUUACAUAACUGGAGUGACAAGGAUUGUAAGAAGAUAUUAGAAAAUUGUAAAAAAGCAAUUUCUGAUAAAGGAGGAAAAGUAAUUGUGAUAGAUGUUGUGAUAAACGAAAACGAAGAUGAGCACGAACUUACUGGACUGAAACACCUCAUGGACAUAACCAUGGCAUGUCUUAUUAAUGGAAAAGAGAGAAGAGAAGAAGAAUGGAAGAAGCUGUUUUUGGAAGCAGGGUUCCACAGCUACAAAAUAUCUUCUUUGACAGGACAUCUGUCUCUUAUUGAGAUCUUCCCUUAA